UAUCAAUGUUGAAAAUUAGAAACACAGAACUUAUAUAAAGCUAUAGAACAAAUCAAAGUUUUAUAGAUAGCUCUCACAGUUUCUCAUUUUCUCUCUAGUAGCUCAAAUCUCUCUCACACAACCUAGAAAUUUCAAAGCCAAUUUCAUAGCUCUCAAUCAUGGAAAUUUCGAAGCUCUAGGCCAUGGCAAUUGCAUAGCUAUUGGUCUCUCAACGCGGUGGCUCUGUCUCAUCGUCACUCACAAAAUCGAAGUCGAAGUCUUCCGUCAACUCCUCUACUCUUCGCCUACCUCAUCUAAUCUCCCCCAAUUUUCUAGGGUUUCAAGCUCAAUCGACACGAAGAUCAUUUUGCCUGAUUCGUCUCGAUUCUUCAAUGGAGGCAAAUUCAGUGCGUUUUCAUGUUUUGUUUAUAAAUUUUAGUGUUUGGUUCCUGGGAAAAUUUUAGGGUGAAUAUUUAAAUUCUCCCUCACUUCCUCUCUCUCCCCAAACCCCCAAGGUUCCCUCUCUCUCUCUCCCUCUUCCUGUGUAUAUGCCUAUAUAUAGGUUUUUGUAUCUUUCUUAGAUGGCUUUGUGUUUUGUUUCAGAGUCUACUACAAAGGAUGGUCAAGCUAAUAAAGUAAGUUUCUUCUAGAUUUUGUUCUUUGUUCCAUAACUAAACCUAAGUUUCAAUUAUUCUUAUUAUUAUUAAUUGGAAUUCUAUAGUGUUCACUUAUUUUCUGCCGAAUUAGUGAUCAUAGUAGUUUUUUGUUGUUGUUAAUUUAUAGUGAUUGGUUGAUAUUGGGGUGUGCUUUACUGCUUGUUUUUGUUCCCAUCAAAUGUGCUUUAAUAAUGAAUUUUGUUAAUUUUUAUGAAAUAAUUCUUGAGAUUGAAUAUGUAGAAGGAUAUUCUUACCGUUUAAUUAUCAGCAUACGUACAAUAUAUGGUACUGAGCAUUGAGAAUGAAACUAACUUGUAUAUAUAUUUUUUUUUAAUACUGACUUGCAUUUUUUUUAUUAGAUACUCUGUUUUUUGUUGGCUGAAUCACGAAUUCAUGUUUCCAAUGGCAAUGAUGGUUGUAGAAUGUAAACUUGUAUCUUGAGUUGGAUGAUGGUUCAAACCGUGAGAGAUUUAUGAUAAGUUUUUGUUUAGAAAACACGGGUGUGAUACAGUGUUCAGAAUGGGAUGAAAAUACUGACCUCCAAAGAGUCAAAAACUGAGGACACCCAAUACUAUAUCCUGAGCUGGCCAGAUAAGCAAGCAUGUCAAAUUACGAAUUUCCCUCAUUCGUACCCACAGCUGGAAACAUUGCAGAAAGAGAUGAUCAGGUAUCAGAGAAAAGAUGGGGUUCAAAUGACUGCAACACUAUACCUGCCACCAGGCUAUGAUCCGUCAAAAGAUGGACCUCUUCCAUGUCUGGUUUGGUCUUACCCUAGUGAAUUUAAAAGCAAAGAUGCGGCUGGACAAGUUCGUGGUUCUCUUAAUGAAUUUCCUGGAAUAGGUGCUACAUCAGCCCUUCUUUGGUUGGCUAGAAGGCUUGAAUUACCUCUUCCCAUUGUUUGUUUAUACUCUCUUUUAAAAUCUUUGGCAUGUCAUCAUUAUUCCCCUUCCUUUGCAUCUAUCUUCUGGUUUGCUGUGAACAUAACGGACCAAUUUUCAAUUGCUUUGAUACUUGCAAGUUUGCUAUUCUAAGUGGACCAACGAUUCCUAUUAUUGGUAAGGGUGAUGAGGAGGCAAAUGACAGGUAGCUUGAUACAAUUUUUUUAAAGAAUGUACUGAUAGUUUCAAGGAUAUGGGAAUUUUUAUUUAUAAAAAAAUAAAAAAAAAGGGAUAUGGGACUUUCAUCCUAGUCAUAUGAUAAAGUAAAAUGCCUAUAAGCACAUAUUAGAUAUUUUCAUAUGAUUGAUGACAUAAGGAAGUUCAUCUCAUUCUCUCUCCCUUGAAAGCUAAAUCCUUUUUAGGUACUUUAUUAAUCCUUGGAAGCUUCAUUGCUUAUGCAGGAAUCUGAAAACCCAUCAUGAAUAGCAAGUUAUUGAUGACUGACUAUCUAUUUUGAUUGGAGAAGUAUGAAAAGGAAUUGAAGGAUGCAGCAGCUAGGGAACUCAUGCAAGCAGGGGAGGUGGCAAUGUUGGAUAAGGGGCUUUAGUGGAAGGAAUAUGAAUAGGAUUGGGGAUGGAGCAAAUUUGGCGUAGGAAACACUUUCUCCUUUCCCAUUUAAAUAUAAGGGAACUUCUUUGCAAACCUGCCACAACCACUAAAUAAUGUUGGUGGCCAGGGGUAGAGAAACUUUGCAAAAAUUCAACUUACACCUUAUAUUUAGCUAAACUUUUCAAAAAUAUAUAUGGUUCCCCCACCCCCCCCCCACCCCCCCAUUAUUGAAAUUCUAGUUCCACCCCUGUUGGUGGCUGUUGUGAAAAUUAAUGAAGUUAGGCUAGGUGGAGCCCUUUGUGGCAUAAAGAUUUUAUACCUGUAACAUCAUUAAACCAUUAGGCACUUAAAAAUUUAAGAUAUGUUACUUACCAUUUUUUUUUUUAAAUUUUGAAAAACUUUUGACUUACUACAUUAUUCACUAAAACUGUUGCAUAUAGGAAUGUACCCAUUUCUUGGGAUCCAUAAGGGCUUCCGUGUUUUAAUAAUCAUGUGAAAAUGUCUAGCCUACUUAUACGAAGACUAAUGAGUAUUUUUUUUCUCUGACUUAGUGUUGGAUUUGUAGUGUAUUUCACAAUGUAAAGAAAAGAAAAUAUGAUAUAGAUGGAGAAAGAGAUUCUCUUUAUUAGAAGGAUAAGGACAAACUGAAAAGUAAGAAAGAAGGUUAUUUGUGUUUGUCAUUUGUGUUUGGUAGGCCUUGUCACUGGGAAUUCCUUGUCUUAGUAGACCCCACACCCUUUGAACAAUUUAGUGAGAGCUUCUUGUGAAAUUUUUCAUAUGCAGGAUAUUUCUUUCUUUCACAAUCCAAGCCUUCACCUUCACAUGGGGAAAGGGGAAAUUCUGCUUUUUUUCGCAUUGACACAAAGGCCUUCUUCUUGGCUUUUGAUGGAGGACGUAUGGAUUCUUACUCCAUUACAGAAAGACGGGGAAGGUACCAUGGUUCUAUCCGGGUAGGUAGAUCAGGAUUGGACUGGAUCAUUGCAUGCUUGGCUGAGUUACGCAGUUGGGAUUUUAGCAAGCAACAUUAUUUCAAACGGUUUCAUGAGAAUUAUAAAAUUUUGGAGUGCUCUAGUAGGUUGAACAAGGGUGGCUGUUUUGUGGAAAUCUCUGAGUAUCACAAUGGGGCUCGACGUGGCUGCUUGCGUGUUCCAGAAGGUUUUCAGAAGGGUGGCUGGGCUUUUCUUGAAAUGAAGUUAUGUGAAUUUUUCCUUGGUAAACUUGUUUCUAGGCCGGGGAAGGAGGUGGUUGCCGGCGGUGGUAGGGGUGCAAAACCUACCGGUAAUCCAAGAAACCAAGUUUGGAAGGACUUUAAUGAUCACGUGAAAUUAGGAAGUGAUUUAGAUUUGGAGAAGCAGUUUCCUAAACUAGCUGGUACGUUAAACCAGAAGGAGGGAUUUGGGGGAUUUGAUUUUAUCCCAAAAACAAAUAUCUCAACUCACCUUGUUUCUGGAAGGCCAACACGUGUGUCUACUUUGAAGUGGACUAGAGCCCAUUUUUCUCUACACAUAUCAAUGGAUCUUGAUGGAAGGGGUCAACGUGAGGUGAAGUGGGCCAAUUUUGUUCAGCCCAAGUCUGGUUUAAAUGAUAAAACAUCUACUGAACUUGGGCCUAUUAAGCAAGCAGAUGGUGGCUCUUUUAAACAGGCCCAAGAGGCCCAUUUUGGUGACUUAACCCAGCAGAAACCACAAGGAUUGUCACGACACUGUGAGAGUGGAGAGGUAUCGGGCUUACCAGUCAGCAUCGAGAAGUCAAACUUAGGUUCCGGCGAGAUGGGAGAGGAGUUUUCAACCUCCGAUGGAGGUUCCGACACGGUGGUGCAGUUGGGUUUUGUUCAGAGGGGUGUUUCCGGCGAGAUGGGAGGGGCUUCAUUAAUUCCCGGCGAACCCGAUAGGGCAGUGCAGAAGCUGGUUGCUCCAACGGGCUGUUCAGGUAGUGGCGCCGAGGUGGGAGAGGAGUUUUCAACCUCCGAUGGAGGUUCCGACACGGUGGUGCAGUUGGGUUUUGUUCAAAGGGGUGUUUCCGGCGAGAUGGGAGGGGCUUCAUUAAUUCCCGGCGAACCUAAUAGGGAAGUGCAGAAGGUGGUUGCUCCAACGGGAUGUUCAGGUAGUGGUGCCGAGGUGGGGGCUACUUCUGGUGUAUCAGUUGCCGGCGAUCCAGUGACGGGGGGACCGAUAAGUGGGGCUGUGGAGGUUUCGCCUUUUUUGAGCUCCGGUGAUCACCCCAGAUUAACUGAGGCUGUGUCGGAGUGUUUGACGAAACCAGAAAAGAGGACUGAGGUGUCUUGCCAUCAGCCUUUACUAGAACAUAACAGGUUUUCUCCUAUUUCUGAGAUAGUUUCGGGUUCUUUUGAUGAAGAGACGCUGGUGUUGAAUUGGGUCAAUCCUACGGAGUCGGAUAGGGAUGAGGAGGAGCUACAGUUGAUGGAAUAUGUACCGUUGGCUCAAUGGGAUCCUAAUGGGGGUUUAGCGUUAAUGACUGAGGAAGUUGUCCCAGUUGAUAUCUCUAUGGAGGAUGAUUUGGAACCUUCGGCUUGGGUAAGUAAGAAGGUCAAGGGCUUCGGUAAGUGGGUGGGCUUCCCUAUAGAUUCCUGUGAGAGGCAGUGUGUUGAAUUUUUUCAACGACUUGAGAAAGUAUGGGAGAAACAAGCUGAGGCAGGCAGUCUUCGUCGUACUGCUUCUUCCUCUACAAAAGGUAUGAGGGAAUUACGGAAUUUAAUCUCAACAGUUAAUUAUGAUGGUCUAGCUGGUAAACGAAACAGGGAGAUUGUGAAAUUCAGUGGGUUGGGCUCUGUUGGUUGUCCAUGAAUCUGAGACUUCUAUCUUGGAAUGUGAGAGGAUUUAACAAUCCUCAUAAGAGGGAUACUGUGAAGAACUUACUAAAAGAAUGGAAGUGUGAGGUU